AUGUCAUCCUUCUGGCACCUCUUCCUGGUCUUUGCCCUGGUGAUCCUCCCUGCCAUCGGCGACGGCAAGCACUACACAGAGGAGAGCAUCGCGCAGAAGGCGCGCGCUGGCUCGGAGAGCCUGGUUUUUGCAUCGGACUGGAAGGUCGCCACUCAAUUCGAAGCAGUUGGGAGUGAUCUUCAGAACACUGCAAAGACACCACUCAGGAGACAGGUCGUUCCUGCGCCGGAUUGCAGACGCAAUGGCCUCAUCUCAGUCGACAGGGUGGCUCUGUGGCACGUGCCGCAAAAUGAAGUCGCCGAAUGCCUGGUAUUGCGACCUAUGUGGCAACUCGUGGGAAGACUGUGCGGUGCCCACGGCCAACCAGAGCAGUUCCACAUGGGCGCAGUCACACAGGAAACAAAGAGAGAAGAGCCAGAAGCAAAGGCGACCAUGCAAAUUGCCUCCCCGCCACCGCCACCUCCUCCUAUGCUGGCGCCAAAUCAAGCGCAAUGCCACGCACCAUGGAUGCCACAGCAGAUGCCUCACCAGAUGCCCCACAUGAACAUGAUGCCUUUCAUGCCGCCUCAGCUGGAUCAGCAAGUGAUGCAAACUGUCCCACAGCAGUCUGCCAUGAUGCCUGCGGAUCUGGAAGACUACAAAAUGGAGAUGAGCGCGCAGACCAAAUUGAACAAGAUCAUGAAGGCGGCCAAGAAAGAGGAUCAUCUAUCACCGGAAUUCCAGUCAUUGGUUGCAACAGAACGAAAGAAAGACGACAAAGAAAGCACCAGCAACCUCCUGGCCGCGGUGAAGGCACAUGGAAAAGCAAAAGAAGCGCUCAUGGAGGUGGAAAACUCGCGCAUGCAGCUGUGGUCGCAAUGGCGUGUAUUUCUUCAAGCCUCUGUGACAAAGUGGAAGGAAUACACUGCACAGUUUCAAGCAUCCGAGACUGCCUUCCAACAUCAAAUGCAGAGUGCUACAUUGAAUCUGAGGAAAGCCCAAAAGAGAGUCGACCUUGCCAAAAAACGUGCAGAUGCAGUUGGCAAGGACGACGAGCCACAGGAGAUCUCCGACGACGACUUCGACGAGAACGAGCCCGACAUGCAGGACGAAGCCGAAGUGCCCAGAGACGAGAAUGCUCAACGCAUCUCCGAGGGACUACAUCAAGUCGUCACGAGCCUCUCAAGUCUCUCAGAGUCCGCGGAGAAAUUGGAGCCGAAAUCGAAGAGACCAAGAACCAAGGAAGAAGAAGAAGCUCCUCCUGGCUCACGGGCAAUGCAGCCUUUUGGCAUGGCCGAUGCUUCAUGA